GCAGCUGGGGAAGAACAGUCGUUCACUUCUGCCUGCUUGACUCUUCUACUGCUCCCCUUAGCAGGCCUUUUCUGAUCUGUUCUGGAGGAGAAUUUCCCACAGGGCUGCACCAGCACAUCCGGGCUUUGCUUUUCCAGUCUGCUCUUGCCAACUGCCAUGCCAGUAUGUGUGUGUUCUUCCACCUGCGGACCUAGAUGGCUCUAAAGCGUAGUACAUGCAACCAGAGUCAGGAUGACGUGUACAUUAGUAAGAGGUCUAAGGCAGCAUCUGUGGAAAUUACAUGUAAACCAGUACAAAAAGACUUGUCUUGCUUCUGUCAGGCUAAGUCCAUGAGACAGGCUGGGGAAGUUUUUGUGCAUGUACUGUCCUCAGCAUUUGGAUUCACACUUAUAACUGCUGUAUCAGAAUUUCAGCAAAAUAUCUCAGUGUAGAUUGACAACUGAAGUCAUCGACUGAGGCCUGCUUCUCAUCCCAGUCAUUUAAAGAUUAGUCAUUCAGACUGUUUGCUUAUUUCAAGGUCAGUGACAAGCUUAAGUACUUAGAAAAUUCUGAGUGUGUAAAAUUACCUCCAUUACUUUGACAUCACAUGCUUACAUCAAUAAUAAAAUAAAAUGUUUACAGUUUA